UCAGAGGUUCGGAGCGAACCGCCGAUGUCGUCGCCUAUAGCGUCGUCCGGGUGCUUUCUUGGGGUCUGCAGCGGGUGAGGAGGGCGAGACGCGGGGCAUGUUUUUUUACGCUAAGCCUUUUUUUUUUAUCUCGGCACGAAUCUGCUAUACCGUGCGGUACGCGUGCGAACCAGACGAAAGGGACUCCAGAAGAAGAACUGCGUUUGUGGGAGUAGGACCAACGCCUUCUGGCCAGACUUUUUUUUUUCCAAGCAGACGGCUUUGGUGACAGAUCCGUGGUUUGUGCGCUUCCUUCGGGAUGUACGAGUCUUGCGUUUCCGUCGAUUAAUCGGCGCGACGAGUUUUUUUCUGACUGAUAAGAUUCCGGAAGCGUCACCAUCUGAGUUGCACCUUUGCCAGCUGAGGGACGAUCGACUCUGAUACCAACCGAGAGACGUGCCAGUUGCUGUCACGUGCACGCCUGGAUGUGAUAACCGACUUCGCACUACCAACUAGACGACAAUAAUCUAUUUUUCUCGUCUCCGACGUGCUUCUGCCGAAGACUCGGCGUUGGUUCCCGACUCCCGUAAUCACGCAAGAACAUCUCGGCGGGCUUUUGAACCAGUGGUAGUGGUUUAGUGUGCCAAGGUGAUUGGCUAAGAGCCAGAUAUUAGGCCUUUACUGCGGUGUAGUCAAGUGGUCGCUAAUUGGUGCGUCGCGCCCGUUUUCUCUGAGUGACGUGCGGGAAUAUGGAAGUGCUGCUGACGACGCCGCUUUCGUCUGAUCGUGUGACCCGCGACUCGUCGUCUGCUACGAGCCGCGUCGUCGCGAGUUCGUCUGCUACGGCGUUGUGGUGGAGGAGGCUGGCCGGCAGAAAACGGAUCGCUCCAGGCGUGUACUUGGAGCCCGCUGUGCGAACCUUGGUGCCAGUGCCGUCCAUCUCGGACCAGGCCAGCGCUGCAGCCACGCUGGUGGCAGCAACCAUGUUGCCACCUGGCGUGCGCCAGUCGUCCGUCGCCAGGAGUGACGCCCUCCUGCACGGCGAAACCAAGAACGUCUGGGAGCUGCGCUUCGCCUACAAGGCCAGCCCGAGGCCUCCGUACCUGACCGCCACGGAUUACGUGUUCUACGUGAAGCGGCAGACGCAGCGGGAGAACAACCACCACCACAACCACCACAACAACCACAACAACCAAAAUGGCGGCGGCAACUGUCGCUCGCUGACGUCAUCCGGCGGCGACCAACCGCCGCUCAGCCCGGAGGAUGCCAUGGUCGAGCUGACAAACUUCACGGAGCUCAUGCGUCGGCUCAAGGAGGACCUGCGCUCUUCCUAUAGCAGCUUCGUGGAGGAGUUUGUGAGCGAACCAAACGACGGCGUGACCCUGCUGCUGGACCUCCUCAAGACGUACCGCCGGAGCACGGGUGCCGACCACGGCCGCUACGCGUCCACCAGGGCGAGGCAGCAGCAGGCCAAGAAGGCGCAGUCUGAAGAACUGGACUGCUUGCAAUGCCUCUUCUACUCGCUUCGAUGCCAAAAAUCCCUCGGGAAGAUCAUCAACCAUGGCAGCGGGCUCUGCACCAUCGCUUCGAGCAUCAUGUCCAACUGUAGCAAGUCUCGGAAGCUUGCUUUAGAGCUCUUGACGAAGACAUGCGAGGACCACACUUCGGGGCACAUGAAGGUGCUCGAGGCCAUGUCAUCGGUGCGACUCAUCUUCGGGGAGCCGGUGCGCUUCAAGUUCCUCGUGUCCAUGCUGCUGGGAGGGGGCAAGAUGACGGCCGGAUUCGAGUUCUCUGCGUUGUACUUCUUCAACAUCCUGCUGUCGAACAGCAAGACACCGUCCGAGCGAGUACGGCUGCAGAGCGAACUCGAAGAGGCCGGCUUCGACGUCACCGUCCUCGAAAAGAACCUCCAGGAGAAGGGUGUUCCUUCGACGGACGGCGUGUGGGAGGAGAUUGGCCGCUGGAAGCGCAACUACCUCGACGUCGGCACGGCCCUCAACGAGCACAAGCGGGUGGGCAACGAGAACGGCAAGCUGCGCACGGAGGUUGAACUUCUCAGGCGUGCGCUCAGAAAGUUGGAAGAGGACAAGAUGAACCUGAUCCAAGUUGAGCGAGAGCUCAAGGAGAAGUGCGAAGACCUCAAGCAAGAAGUGCUGACUCUCAAGAAAGUGAUCGAGGAACCAAAGACGUCUUCCAAGACCUCGGACACGGAGGACAGCGACCAGAGUGACGCGCAGGCCACGGACUCGGGCCGCUCCAGCUUCCUGGAGUACUCGACCGAGACGGAGCAGCCAGCGGGCGAGGAGGUGCUCAUCGACGUGCCCACCAUACGGCCGCCUGACGGCUUUCAGUCGGACUCCGACGACAUGAUCCUGGCCGAAAAGAGGGCGCUCGCCUCGCUCAAGAUCUCAAGUACACCGAAGGCAACCGAAACCAAGAACACCUCAGCGGCCCUUCCCUGCAUCUCGAGCAGUAACCACAGCAACGGCAGCAAGGCCACCGCCAUGAACGGCACGGCUCACGACAGUGACGGCAGUUCCGACAAGGACGACGUCAUCGACUGGAACUACCCGGCGCUCCCGGAGCCCAAGCUCUUCCGCAAGAACAGUCGCUCGGCGUCCCGUGGUGACGCUGGCGACGAGAAGCCCCGCGUCAUCGGCGUCCACCGCUUCGUCGAUUCCGCCACGGCCAGACGUCGGAGCAAGUCGGAAGACCGGCGGAAGCUGCAGCAACAACACCACCACGAGUCCACCCACGAGAUCAUCAGCAACGGCAUCUUGCUCGACAGAUCAAACGAACCGGCGUCGCUAGCUACCGUAUUCCGGAAGCAGCAGAACCUGUCGGCGUCAUCGUCCGUGCUGAAUCGAGCGGACCCGGCGGCUUCCGGUGACGUCAGCAAGGGGUCCGCAUCACCGCCGAUGCCGCUGGAGAAGCUGGGUUCGAGGCUAACGGUGUCGUCGAACGCCACGCCGAAGAACGGCUCCGGCAAGACGUCACUGGACGGCUCAAAGACCUUAGCCUGGCAGCACCGUGAGUAACGGCAGCAAGCCAGGCCUAACUGCGAGCUUCCCCAAAAGCUCUCGGCUUUCCACGCUGACGAGCGCGCGUCGCAGCGGUUCUGAAGAUCUGCUCAAGAGUCAGGAAGGUACAUCCGUGGACGAAGGUCCU